AUGGCGGCGGCCACCUCCUCCACCACCUACCUCGCCAUCGCCCGCAAAACCCUAAACCCCGCCCCCUCCGUAGGCACAGCCGCCACCUCCGUCUCCUUCCCCGCCACGCAGCCCCCAUGCCUCCUCGCCGCCGCCUCCGCGGACCGCCGCCGCGCCGUGGCUGCGAAGGUCUCGUCGCCGUCGGUCAUCGGCACCGCCAUGCCGUCGCUCGACUUCGAGACCUCCGUCUUCAAGAAGGAGAAGGUGUCCCUGGCCGGCCAUGAGGAGUAUAUUGUGAGGGGUGGGAGGGAUCUGUUCCCGUUGUUGCCGGAGGCCUUCAAGGGAAUCAAACAGAUCGGAGUAAUCGGCUGGGGCUCGCAGGGUCCUGCGCAAGCUCAGAACUUGAGAGACUCACUUGUCGAGGCAAAGGCAGACAUUGUUGUUAAGAUUGGUCUCCGGAAAGGUUCUAAAUCUUUUGAAGAAGCCCGAGCAGCGGGAUUCACUGAAGAGAGUGGGACACUGGGUGAUAUAUGGGAGACUGUAUCAAGCAGUGAUCUUGUUUUGCUGCUGAUAUCUGAUUCUGCUCAGGCUGAUAACUACGAGAAAAUUUUCUCACACAUGAAACCAAACAGUAUUCUUGGUUUGUCACAUGGAUUUCUCCUUGGACAUUUGCAAUCUCUGGGUCUUGAUUUCCCUAAAAACAUCAGCGUGAUUGCUGUAUGCCCUAAGGGAAUGGGCCCAUCAGUUAGAAGACUUUAUGUUCAGGGCAAAGAGAUUAAUGGUGCUGGUAUCAAUGCUAGCUUUGCUGUUCACCAGGAUGUUGAUGGAAGGGCAACAGAUGUAGCUCUAGGGUGGUCAGUAGCUCUAGGUUCUCCUUUCACAUUUGCUACUACUCUAGAGCAGGAGUACCGGAGCGAUAUUUUUGGCGAACGAGGUAUUUUGCUUGGUGCUGUCCAUGGCAUGGUGGAGGCUCUUUUCAGGAGAUACACAGAACAAGGAAUGGAUGAGGACUCAGCAUAUAAGAACACUGUAGAGAGCAUCACUGGAAUUAUAUCGAAAACUAUUUCAAAGAAGGGGAUGCUUGAAGUUUAUAACUCCUUGACCGAAGAAGGAAAGAAGCAGUUUAUUGAGGCCUAUAGCGCAGCUUAUUACCCAUGCAUGGACAUAUUGUAUGAGUGCUAUGAAGACGUUUCUUCUGGAAGUGAGAUUAGAAGUGUGGUGUUGGCUGGGAGGAGAUUUUAUGAGAAGGAAGGGCUUCCUGCUUUCCCUAUGGGAAACAUUGAUCAAACACGUAUGUGGAAGGUGGGUGAAAGGGUCCGUUCAACCAGGCCACAAGGUGAUCUUGGUCCAUUGCAUCCCUUCACUGCUGGAGUGUAUGUUGCACUAAUGAUGGCUCAGAUUGAGGUCCUUAGAAAGAAGGGCCACUCUUACUCGGAGAUCAUUAAUGAGAGUCUGAUCGAAUCUGUGGACUCGUUGAACCCGUUUAUGCAUGCUCGUGGUGUGGCCUUUAUGGUUGAUAACUGCUCCACAACUGCUCGCUUGGGAUCUAGGAAGUGGGCACCACGCUUCGAUUACAUCUUGACCCAACAAGCGUUUGUGACUGUUGACAAGAAAGCACCAAUCAACCAAGACCUCAUCAGCAACUUCAUGUCUGACCCUGUUCACGGUGCCAUUGAAGUCUGUGCUCAGCUGAGGCCCACUGUUGACAUCUCAGUGACUGCUGAUGCAGAUUUCGUGCGCCCGGAGCUUCGACAGUCUUCAUAA